UUUCCGCCUCUCGCCGGGAUCUAGAAUCUGAGGCCACCGGCGAGAGCCCAGGAAAGAUCUUGACAGAUUCUGGCUGGGAAAUAAUGCACUAGAAGAGGAACUGGGCAAGGCGUUAGUCAAUCAAAUCUGAAAGCAGCGGCGACUUAGUAAAUACCUGGCUGGAGACAGGAGGUUUUAAUGCAAAUUAACGAACCGUAAGGGGAUCGUGGCAAAAGACUACAAUUCCCAGGGAUCACAGCGUGCCAGUCGCGCUGCUUUCUGGGAGUUGUGGACUCUUAAGUGCUGCGUUUGCGGUACCCGGUCUCAGGAGUUUCUUUAAAAAAAAAAAAUGCUAAGGAGAUUUGAGAUGGGCCUUUUUGUAUCUUUCUAGUCUAUUAGAGGCCUAAAUGUGUGGGGAUAAAUCUAAAAAAUAAUAAAGAGACACGCUUUAAGUCUGUGCCUUAGUGAUCGAUGAUUCCCGAAUCUAGGAAUCGGUAGUUGAUGUUUGUGGGCUGGGCCUCUGCGGAAGGGCAGCCUCGUGGUUCCUUCUGAGGAGAUCUGAGGAGAGCAGGCGCGAGCCGGGCUGCAGCGGCGUCUCGUGGCUUACUAACCCUGCAGUCUGGUUUUGAGCCGCCUGCUUUUGUAGUGCGGGAAGACAAGAGCUCUCGUUCUUCACCAACCCGUAGGUGCCUGUGGGCAGGUACUGGGUGUCCUGCCCGCCAUGGCGCAGCUCCAGACACGCUUCUACACGGAAAACAAGAAAUACGCAGUAGAUGAUGUUCCCUUCUCAAUCCCUGCUGCCUCUGAAAUUGCUGACCUCAGUAACAUCAUCAAUAAGUUGCUGGAGGCCAAAAAUGAGUUUCACAAACAUGUGGAGUUUGAUUUCCUUAUCAAGGGCCAGUUUCUGCGAAUGCCUUUGGUCAAACACAUGGAAUUGGAGAACAUCUCAUCAGAAGAGGUUGUGGAGCUAGAGUACGUGGAGAAGUACACUGCACCCCAGCCAGAGCAAUGCAUGUUCCAUGAUGACUGGAUCAGUUCAGUUAAAGGAGCAGAGGAAUGGAUCUUGACCGGUUCUUAUGAUAAGACUUCACGGAUUUGGUCUUUGGAAGGAAAGUCAAUAAUGACAAUCGCAGGACAUACAGAUGUUGUAAAAGAUGUGGCCUGGGUGAAAAAAGAUAGUUUGUCAUGCUUACUUCUGAGUGCCUCUAUGGAUCAGACCAUUCUCUUAUGGGAGUGGAAUGUGGAGAGAAACAAAGUAAAAGCCCUGCACUGCUGCAGGGGUCAUGCAGGAAGUGUGGAUUCUAUAGCUGUUGACAGCUCAGGCACCAAAUUUUGCAGUGGCUCCUGGGAUAAGAUGCUAAAGAUCUGGUCUACAGUCCCUACAGAUGAAGAAGAUGAAAUGGAAGAAUCCACAAAUCGACCAAGAAAAAAACAGAAAACAGAGCAGUUGGGAUUAACAAGGACUCCCAUAGUGACACUUUCUGGCCACAAAGAAGCAAUAUCCUCAGUUCUGUGGUCGGAUACUGAAGAAAUAUGCAGUGCCUCUUGGGAUCACACGAUCAGAGUAUGGGAUGUGGAGUCUGGCGGUCUUAAGUCAACUUUGACAGGGAAUAAAGUAUUUAAUUGUAUUUCCUAUUCUCCACUAUGUAAACGUUUAGCAUCUGGAAGUACAGACAGGCAUAUAAGACUGUGGGACCCCCGAACUAAAGAUGGUUCUUUGGUGUCCCUGUCCCUGACUUCACAUACGGGCUGGGUCACAACCAUAAAGUGGUCUCCUACUCACGAACAGCAGCUGAUUUCAGGUUCUUUGGAUAACAUUGUCAAGCUCUGGGAUAUAAGAAGUUGUAAGGCUCCUCUUUAUGAUCUGGCUGCUCAUGAAGACAAAGUUCUGAGUGUUGACUGGACAGACACAGGGCUACUUCUGAGUGGAGGAGCAGACAAUAAAUUGUAUUCCUACAGAUAUUCACCUACCACUUCUCAUGUGGGAGCAUGAAAGUGAAUGAUAAUUUGAUUAUAGAGAUUCUGUCUAUAGAUGAAGUCGGUAGAGAACUGUCAAAUUACAUUGAUGCAGAUGUAGAAAGCACUCUGUUAGGUAAAAGUUUAUAAAAUGUUUUCACCCUUUGUAAUAGCUAAUAUAUCACUUUUUCUUUAUUUUGUAUUUAUAAUAGUUUAUAUUUAUAAAAUGUAAAAUGUGGCCUGCACUCUCUACCUUAUGCAAAUCUUUGAAAUUAAACUCUUUAUUUGUCUUAAAGGAAUUGGUUUGAAUUCAGGUUUGCUUUUGAAAUGCAAAUAUAAGGGCAUAUUAGAGAUGCAGUAAACAAUUGUCCAGACCUACUUUUGCCAGAGAAACUUAGGUUUUUAAAAUCAUCCAGAAAAGACUAGUAAAAAAACUUAAUAGAAAAAAAUUAGAACUACAAUUUUCAUUUGGCAAAAUAACUGUUAAAUUAUUAGAAAACAUGACUUUAAGUGUUCAGAACAUUAGAAAGUGUGUUGCCAGUUCAUUGACAAUUGUUGAAACAUUUUAAAUGAAGUGUUUCAUAUUAAAGGCAUGUCAGAUCUUUUAGAGACUUCAUAAAAUUUAAUGAUGACCGGAAAUCUCCUCUUUCCCUAAUGUAUCCUUAAACAUAGGUAAGAAUAAAUUCUUUACACAAAACCUUUCAUUUGUAUUAAACGUCCCACAAAUUUUUUAUCAUUAGUUUUUUCUCUUCAUAUGUGAUGUGAAAUAUUUAAAAUAAGUGUCUUUUUAAAAUGUGACUUCUAUUUUUAAUGGAUUGACAUUCAAGUGGAACAUAUUUAUAGCAUUUACAACCUCUCAGUAAUAAACGAUGUGUCCCGUUUGGUCCCAUCUUAAACUGUAAUAAAUAUUAUCUGGUCUUGCUGUCAUGCUUGACUGAAGUUGAAAGCCAGGUUAACAAUGGGUUGAACACAUCAGGAGUUUUGUUCUUGCAAAUGUAGAAGUCUAGAAGCAGGCCAGGCUUCGUAUAGUGACUUCCUUCCACAUUCUUUAGGAACCCCAGUUCUCUCCAGCCCUAGGAUGUUGUCUUCAUUUUCAGAUAGACUUAAGUACAUCAUUUCCUAAAAUGUAUUUUAAUGUCAAAAAAAAUGAAUAAAGGCAGCCAGAAAA